UUAAUUGAUCUUUAAAAUGUUGACUAUGACAGAAAAAAAAUUUCACAUUCCUGGCGAAGACCAAGAACAUCGACAACCACCGAUUCACUGGCAACUAAAAUACGACACCACGCAUGACGUCAGGUUCGAGUCCAUGCGUAGCCCAGUGCGACAUGGUCAACUGCACCGGAUUCAUCGUGACCUUACCAAAGAGACAGAGCGGAAGAUCCGCGCUUAUGACCGUGGUCAACGAAUUUUUACUGCCGAAGUUCGGAGAUACUCUCAAAAAGUUCAAAACAGACUAGCUACUUUACGAAAUAUUACAAACAGCGUGAACACAUUGCUUUCAAUGAAGUAUAGCUACAACGAUUGGAAAAAACAUGAUUCUGAUGCCCGCCAUUAUUUUGCUAAAACGUCAGAAAAUUCUCGAAAGAUUGAUGAUCAAAAGCUGCUUUUCCGGGUUUCCCAUCGGGAAGGUGCUGAAAAAGUAACAACUGCAAAAUAUGACCUGUCACGUGACGAUUUAGCCCUACCGGAAGUCACCACCACAAAAACUCUUCCACCUCAGACUAUGGUUGUUCAUCGGGAACUUACAAUGCCUUAAUCUUCAAAGCUUGCUGCUUAAUUGCA